AUGGUUACAACUACAUCAACUACUUCGGUAACUUCCGCAAGCACAACAACAAUCUCGACGACAUCAUCAACAUCAACGGUCACAACCACUACAGCAAGUUCGACGACGUCGUCCACAUCAACAACCACAAGCACAACGGUAACCUCCACGACUUCGUCUACAUCGACAACGGGAAGCACUACAACAACAGGUAUGUCGAAGUAG